AUGAGCAGCACUCCAGACCUCGACCAAGACGUCGAGUCCAGGCUCGAGGAGAAAGAGAGCCCGACAGUGACACGACACGAAAUCGUCGAUCUCGACGAUGCAAAGCACCGUGUGGCCAAAGGAGAUGACUCUGACGGCCGCGUCAACUGGACGUGGAAACAGGUCGUAGCGACCAUCUCGCUGUGCGGUGUCUACGUCGGAUCGCAAAUCCCACUCUACUUCGUCGGAGGCUCGCUCAGCUAUAUUGCCGCCGACUUGGGCUCGGCUUCAACCGGCUGGCUCCCCGUCUCGAACUCCUUGGCUCUGGCCGCGGUCUGUCCCUUCUGUGGCUACCUCCAAGACAUGUUCGGCAAGCGAAAUAUUUCCAUCAUGGGAUCAGUCAUGAUUCUGGUUGGCGUCUUGAUCACCGCAACCGCACACACCUUUGCUCAAGGCGUGGUCGGCAUGACCAUUGCGGGCGGCGGGGCUGCUAUUGGAGAGCUGACGGCGCUGGCUGGGACGGCGGAGCUGGUCCCUGUCAAGAAGCGCGGCAUCUAUCUUGCAUGCGUUACUUUUUUCAUCUGCCCAUUCUUUCCAUAUGUCCUAUACGCUCAACUGCUCUCUGCCAAUGCGACAUGGCGGUGGGGUCUAUGGAUCACAUUCAUCUACAACGCCAUCUUCUUCGUGGGCGUCCUGCUGUUCUACUUCCCCGACUCCCACCUCCUGCGCAAGGGUGACCUGAGCCGGGCUGAAAUCGCUAAGAAGAUCGAUUAUGUCGGUGCUUUCCUCUCCAUCACCGGAGUGAUCCUGUUCCUCGUUGCUCUGCAGUCAGGCGGCUCAUCCCACCCCUGGACGAGCGCGUACGUCCUCUGCAUGCUCUUCUUUGGCGCGGCACUCAUCGCCGCGUUCGUGAUCUGGGAAUGGAAAGGGGCGAAGUAUCCCAUGGUGCCGAGGGACCUCUUCGUUGGUCAGCGUGUCGUUGCCAUCGCCCUUGCAGUUGCCUUUGUGUCAGGCAUGAAUUUCUACUCUAUGAUCAACUUUGCUCCGCUCACCUAUAGCACUGUCUAUGACCCCGAUCCCAUCCAAGUCGGCGUGAAGGGUCUUGGUUAUUCGAUCGCCAUCACGGUCGGCGCGACGGUCAUGAACGCGCUGCUCACCAUCUUGAAAGGGAACAACCGCGAGCUUCUGCUGAUCUCCUGCGUCUUGAUGACUGCGUUUACCGGCAGCAUGGCAGCUGUGACUCCAGAUAAUGCAGGACUGGCCGUGGGCCUGGCGACCGUGGCCGGGUUUGGGAUCGGAGGCGUCAUCGUCCCCUCAGCCACUAUCGCCAUGACCGCCUGCCCGGACUCCCUGAUCGCCACGGCCACGGCGCUGACACUCACGAUCCGCUUCGUCGGCGGCUCCAUCGGCUAUUCCAUCUACUACAACGUGUUCGACGAAAAGCUGACGCGCAAGCUGCCCGAGCGAGUCCUGGCUUUUGCACUGGAGGCCGGUCUGCCCAAGUCGUCGGCGACCGCCUUCGUGCAGACGUUCCUAACCGCCCCGGCGAAUGCCACCAGUGUUCCUGGGGCCACGGCGGCCGUCAUCCAUGCCGCGACCAUAGGCACCCGUUGGGCGUAUUCGGACGCCCUGUCGUACGUUUGGUAUGUCAGCAUUCCAUUUGGCGCACUGUCCAUCGUCGGAUGUCUCUUGAUCGGCGAUAUCUCCAAGUACAUGACGAACAGAAUCGCCGUCCAGAUUCGGCACUAG